UUCUCCGGGCGUCGGUCUCCUUCCCUCUCACGGCCCCGCCCAGGCGGCUGCUCGUGACCUGCCUGGGCGCAGGGAACGAAAAGCCGGAAGGGGCAAGACGAGUUCAUUAACCAUGGGGCUGUUUGGAAAAACCCAGGAGAAGCCGCCCAAAGAGCUGGUCAAUGAGUGGUCAUUGAAGAUAAGAAAGGAAAUGAGAGUUGUUGACAGGCAAAUAAGAGAUAUUCAAAGAGAAGAAGAAAAAGUGAAACGAUCUGUGAAAGAUGCUGCCAAGAAGGGUCAGAAAGACGUCUGUGUGGUCCUGGCCAAGGAAAUGAUCAGGUCAAGGAAGGCUGUAAGCAAGCUCUAUGCAUCCAAAGCUCACAUGAACUCUGUACUCAUGGGGAUGAAGAACCAGCUGGCGGUUUUGCGAGUGGCUGGUUCCCUGCAGAAGAGCACAGAAGUGAUGAAGGCCAUGCAGACUCUGGUGAAGAUCCCAGAGAUCCAGGCCACCAUGCGGGAGCUGUCCAAAGAGAUGAUGAAGGCAGGGAUCAUAGAAGAGAUGUUGGAGGACACUUUUGAAAGCAUGGAAGACCAGGAAGAAAUGGAAGAAGAAGCAGAAAUGGAAAUUGACAAAAUUCUGUUUGAAAUUACAGCAGGGGCCUUGGGCAAAGCACCUAGUAAAGUGACGGAUGCCCUUCCAGAGCCUGAGCCUCCAGGAGCCACGGCCGCCUCCGAGGAGGAGGAGGAGGAGGAGGAGGUGCUGGAGGCCAUGCAGUCGCGGCUGGCCACGCUCCGCAGCUAGGGCCGCCCGGCUGUGCCCGAAGCUCUGCCAUGGCCUGCCCGCCAGGUGCGCGCACACUCCGCUGAACGGCCGCUAUUUAUGUAUCUCUUGCACUACACCUCUGUGAGGAAGCUUUGCAUUCUGGAGAAGGUUUUUUUCACUCUCUGCAGAGGUUUUGGGGUCUCAAAGGAUUGUUCUGGGGACGUGCUGUAAUAAAUGCAUCAUUUGCAGGAGUAGAAACGGAAGAAUCCUUUCGGAGGGAGGGCAAAGAAUUUGGUCUCCUCGCAAAACACUUCUGAGAAUAGAGUUCAUUGCCCGAUGUUGAGGACUCUGUACAUUUUUUGUCUGUAAAACACUAUGUGAAUGGAUUUUAAUAAAUGUCUGCUUUAACACUUGG